GCAGCUCGCAGCCUCGGGGGGGUCCGGAGGCUGGUCCGCUGCGGUGGGGUCCGGACCGCGGGGCAGUUGGCCGCAGGUGGCACUGGCUGGAGGCCUGAGGGACUGUCAGAGGCAGGAGAACACGUAAGAACAACCCUGCAUUUGGCCACCACAUCCUCUGAGCCAGCUGUCACCUUGCACCUGCCCUGCGCUGAGCCUCAAGCUGCUGAGCAGAGCCAUGUGUGUCUGACCCUGCGACUGGGGCCAGUAGCCCCCCCAGGCUUUGGUGUGUGACUCCAUUUGUUCUCUGGCCCUGUGUGACCCAGGCAGCCACCAUGACGAAGCUUCUGGUGGCCAAGGUCCUCUGCAUGGUAGGCGUGUUCUUCUUCAUGCUGCUGGGCUCUCUGCUGCCUGUGAAGGUCACCGAGGCUGACUUCGAGAAGGCGCACCGUGCGAAGAAGGUCCUGUCCCUCUGUAACACCUUUGGGGGCGGCGUCUUCCUGGCUACGUGCUUCAAUGCACUGCUGCCUGCAGUGAGGGACAAGCUGCAGAAGGUGCUGAGCCUGGGCCACAUCAGCACUGACUACCCGCUGGCGGAGACGCUCAUGAUGGUGGGUUUCUUCCUCACCGUGUUCGUGGAGCAGCUGCUGCUGACCUUCCGCCGGGAGCGGCCUCCCUUUAUAGACCUGGAAACCUUCAACGCUGGCUCAGACGCGGGCAGUGACUCGGAGUAUGAGAGCCCGUUCGUGGGUGUGGGCGGCCGCAGUCACGGCCUGUACCCCGAGCCCACGGCACACACCCACGGCGCGGGGCUGCGGCUGCGGGAGCUGGGCCGCCCUGGGCCACUACGGCUGCUCAGCCUGGUCUUCGCGCUGUCGGCGCACUCGGUGUUCGAGGGUCUGGCGCUGGGACUGCAGGAGGAGGGGGAGCGUGUGGUCAGCUUAUUCGUUGGCGUGGCGGUCCACGAGACGCUGGUGGCCGUGGCCCUGGGCAUCAGCAUGGCCCGCAGCGCAGUUCCCAUGAGGGACGCGGCCAAGUUGGCUGUGACCGUGAGCGCCAUGAUCCCAGUGGGCAUUGGGCUGGGCCUGGGCAUCGAGAGUGCUCGCAGCGUGGCCAGCAGCGUGGCAUCGGCGCUGCUGCAGGGCCUGGCCGGUGGCACCUUCCUGUUCGUCACCUUCCUGGAGAUCCUGGCCAAGGAGCUGGAGGAGCGGAGCGAGCAGUUGCUGAAGGUGCUGUUCCUGGUGCUGGGCUACGCCGUCCUCGCCGGCAUGGUCUUUCUCAAGUGGUGAGCCUGACUCCCCGAAGGAUACAGAGCGUACCCUCGGCAGCCACGCUCGUGGGCUGGUUCACACACAGGGCCUUCCCCGGCUGGCCGCUGUUCUCGCCCUCCGCCAGACCCUGGCCCUACAGACACUACUUUUAAAACCGUCUUAAAGUUCUUUACCAAAGACUGUGUGGCCACGUCGCCUCAUAUCCCGUCACCCCUCCCGUUUUUGUUGUCAUUUCUGAGCUGUCAAGAAUGGAGCCCCAGGGACCCUGCCAUAUUCUCCGUAGAGCCAAGGCCCUGCCCACCACUGUCACCCUGAGUUUUUCUGGGUGCUCCUGUGUGACAGGUGACAGUUUAUGAAAGGAACAGUACAUGUGGGUCACAUGAGUCAAGGGACAACCCAGACCGUUUGCCGGCCCUCGGGAACAACCUCUCUUGUUCUCUUGCUGUCGCAGUCAUUAGAGUUGAGGGGCCUCCCCUGCAGAGGGCACAGCAGUGAGACUCCAGGGCCAACUCCCAGGAUGCAGGCAGGAGCAGGAGAAGCUCCACACCUGGCAAUGUUGGUGCAUGUCACCGUGGUAAUGCCAGCAUCUUGGGACAGCCUGAGUGAGGACUCUCCUCUGGGGACAUAAGCCUGCCACAGCUCACCACCUUCCCUAACCUGGCGUCUGUUUAGCAGACUUCAUCUCAACACUGCCUCAGUUAGCCGGAUGCCAGACUCCUCCCUGUCUGUAGUGCCCUGUCACCAUGGCCGGGUGACCAAAAUGGCUCGUCUAGUAUGCCCCUACCUAGCUACACGCAGAUGAUACGAGGCACAAAGAGACUGGGGCUUGGGCACUGUCCUCAGAGCCCAGUGCCUGGCUACCUCAGUCCUAUGAUAAGCACGGUUCACGUGCUGCGUGCAGACAUCGGAGCACAUGUAAGAACCCAGGGCUCCCAGAGAGGCUCCGUCUGCUUGGUCCUGGCUGUUUCUGGGGUUCUUUCCUGAGGAGCUACUGCUGAGCCCCGUGACGUCGAACCCCAUCCAUGCAGGUGUGGGGGCAUGCCCUUGGUGCCACCUAGGCCUGCUUAAUUAUGGGGGACAUCCAAACACUUCUCCAGCUUCCCUGAGCCUCAGGUGGGCCCCAUGGGGCCACCAUGCCCCUGCAGGUACAGGCUCAGGUGACAGAGACUAGGCCAGGGUAGGAAGAGCCAGGUCCCUAGUUUGGCCAUCCCAACAGGGAGUCUGCACCUCCCCCAUGGGUGCAUGAGACAGCAUUCUCUCCUUCCCAGCACCAGCUGCUCUGCCCCGGGGACAGCGGCUUGCAGACCUGGACCCUCCCCAUUUGACCUCCCGAGUCUCUGAGAGUCAUCCCCAGUGCCAGCUCACUGGCAUCUGGGGCCUCUGUGUCUCUAACUGAAAGUCCCAGGUCAGCUGACCGCCCCUGCCCCAGCCCCAGGAGACCCUGGGCCAUGCUAGGACCUGUGCAGCCAUCAUGAACGGACAUGGAAGAGGAGGCCCAGGAUGGUGCAGGGCCCAGGCCGCCCACACAUACUGCCUCCUGUGGGGGACACAGCAGGAACACAGCUAGACAGGAGGAGAGAGAGGGCGGGGCGGGCGGCCCAGCUUCACCGCUGAUCCGUGUGUGUAAUAACAGCAUGUCAGCUUCUCCUAUGGCUUGUUUGUAUUCCUGUAACAGAAGUUAUUAGUGCAGGCGGGAUCGGGCACAGCUAGCUCCUGGCAUCCUGCCCUCGUUACAUUGCAGGGGCCUGACCGAUUGUUGCCCUGCAUCCCACCUGGCCAAGGAAGCUUUUCAGCUUGGCAUCUCCUGCAGGGCUAGGGUGUUUCCUGAGGGGCGUCCCUGGCUCCACAUGCAUCUUCCCACACUGUCCUUUCCAGAGUCCACCUGCUCCAAGUCAGGAGCUCCACGGCUGACCUCCCGUAAGCCACCCCACAAUGAUGAGAGAAAUGACAUCAGAACACCACAGCGUCAUUGGCGAGUGCUCCCACAGGAGAAAGGAAAAUCCAGGGACACUGUGGGUGAGGGGCUCAGUGGGCAUAGGUGCUUGCCACCAAGCGUGGCAGAGCUGAGUGCGGUUCCAGGGACCCACGUGCUGACGACACUGACUCCUGCGCUGCUCUGAUCAUCACAGGUGCUCAGUGCACACAUGCACACGCUGUGUGCUCACCCCACACCCCCGAUGUUGUAAGAACAACAGUUUUUAAGCUAGGCAAGGUUACCCACUCCUUUAAUCCAUGCACUCCAGAGGCAGGUGGAUUUCUGUGAGUUCCAGGCCAGCCGAGGUUACAAGUGAUCCCUUUUGCAUAAUAAAUAAAGAAGUGAAGAUUUAAACUA